GAUUUUUUGGCGCACGAUGAAACACGUUCGGUUAAUAAUUAUUUAAAAAUUAUUUCUUGUGAAUGAUUGUUGAUGCUUAAUUUGAGAAUAAGAGCCAAGUGAAUUAUUCAGUGAAUAUGAGUUCAGGCGAAGGGUAUGAUUUUUUCCAGGAUUAUAUGAAAUUUGAUAUUGAUGACUUUGAUGACACUAGGGAUUCUGAUGAUACUACUAAAAACGAUUAUGAUGAAAAUUCUGUUGAGAUUCGCGAAUAUAAUCCGGUUUUAUUGACUUAUGCAUUACCUGAUGUCGAGGUGAAUUUGGAAUAUGUUGAGAAACUUGUGUACGAUCGAAUAAUCGUCCUGCUCUGUGUGAGAACCAUCAACCGCUGGAAAAGCUCAUCUCCACUCGCGAAGAGAAAGAAAUUAAUCACACUUAUUGAAAAACACAAGCUUUCUCAUUACAUUUGGUUAUUAACAAACAACGGUGUGGACCCGGGGACAGAGGAACACCGAAAUCACGUUCUGGACGAGCAGCUAGCCCAUCUCUUCAUCCACGUGGUCUUUAAUUACUCAGAUGUAAUACUAGACAUGCUGCAAGUCCAGGAGCAAGCCCUCUUCGAGUGGCAGGUGCUGACCUACGAAAUUCCCCAGGCCCUGGAAUUCAUCGAAAAAAAUGGUCACAAAUUCCUCGAAGCUACACCCCAGGAGGUAGAAGACCUUCGAUAUGAGCUAGAUAUUCACCACUGUGGAGACAAUCCCCGUGAUCCCUCUGAGACAAUCUAUAAAGUGCCCUGGAAUAAAGCACCUAUCUCUGAUCAGGACAUAGUCUUGCAUCACGGAUUUUGUUACAUCCGUGCGAGUGAGAUCAAACGAGUUCUCCCUUCGUUAUACUACUCACACAUGCUUAACGCGAGGAACAACGACAUUUACGAAAUUGUGGAUAAUACAGCUCUUGAUGAAGAUCAAACAAUAAUUUUGCGAUCAUCUCUGGUCAUGGCACUGGAGAGAAAACAUCUUAGCACGAAUCGCUUAAAAUUCAACAUGGAUAAAAUCGCGUCGGAAAUCUGGAUGUUUCCACCUUGCUUCAGGCUCAUCCACGACCAUCUCAAUGAUGUUCACCACCUGAAGCACUUCUCACGGAUGCAGUACUACGAUAUACUUCACGGUGUCAAUGCAGAUUGUGCAAAGGUUGAGAGAUAUAUGUAUAGCCAAUUUGUAGAGCAGGGACGAGUGCCUCUGAAAAAGUAUGGAUCCUACAAGUAUUUCAUUGAACAUCGUUUUGGAAAAAGGGGGAGUUGCAUAGAAUAUUCUACUCCGGAUUGUCGUGUCUAUGCUCAGACAGUGAAGAACCAGGGUGAGUGCAAUGGGUGUCCCUUCUCAAAAAACUCAGCAAUUGAUAUUGAGGAAUUGGGGGCGAAACUGACUGAGUGGAAUUGUCCAGAUGAUGAUAAACAACAGAUUCUCCAGUACAAGGUCGCAGGGAACUGCAACAGAGCUUGUGAAACUUUUUUCAAAGGACUUCACGGUGUGGAACCAACAUCCAAAAUUAUCAAUCCCCUGAAUUUUUUCUCUGAGUCAUUGGCAUUUCGAAAAGAAGAUAACAACGAUGAGGAGAGUGAAGAGGAUUUCGCUGAGAUCUUCGACGAGCUAUUCAAGGAGCUCCCCGAGAGACACGAAUUAAUACUGAAUGAAGAAUGGAGAAUGACGAUAAUUGAAAAAAAGACGGGGUUUGAUCUAAAACUCCCCGACGAAGAUAGUGAUUACGAGGACUUCGACUGCCUCGUCGGUCGUUCAUCUUCUCUAUGCAGGGACGACAAUGUGAUAGUAAAUUAAAUUAUGCCUGUUUCAAAAUUCAUCCCUUCAUACUUUAAGAGGGAAUCCACCAUGAAGAUGUGAUUUUUACCAAAUAUUUUAAUAUAUCGAUAUCUACAUA